AGCCGCUCAUGAGGUGCCUGCCGCUGCCCGUCCCGCCGGCUGCGGGAUGAUUUCGGGCUGCAGCGGGCGGCGUGAGGCCACCCGAGAUCAAGGCGCCGCCGGAGAAGCGCGCUCCGCCGCCGGCCGACGGGGCAGCGGCCGGGACCGGGCGGCUGCGGGCGCCCGCUGCUCUCGGUGCUUUGCUGCGCGCCGCGCCGGUGCUCGGAUUACCGCGAAUUAGCAGGGAUCGCUGCGAAGGCAGCAGGAAUUUAUGUUUUUCUCGGACACGGAAACUCCGCAGAGCAAGUUGGGAGGACCCACGGAAUAGCAACUUCCAGGAGCUAUGCCUGUUCCAGACCAGCCCUCGUCUUCUGAUAAGACAAGUUCCCUUAGUCCUGUGUUGAACACAUCCAAUGGCGAUGGCUCCGAAACGGAAACGACCUCUGCAAUUCUCGCUUCAGUAAAAGAACAGGAACUGCAGUUUGAGAGAUUGACUCGAGAGCUUGAGGCUGAACGUCAGAUUGUAGCUAGCCAACUGGAGAGAUGUAAGCUUGGAUCAGAAACUGGAAGCAUGAGCAGCAUUAGUUCGACAGAAGAGCAGUUUCAUUGGCAAACACAAGAUGGCCAGAAGGACAUAGAAGAUGAACUCACCACUGGUCUGGAGCUGGUGGACUCCUGUAUUAGAUCACUGCAGGAAUCAGGGAUACUUGAUCCCCAGGACUAUUCUGCCAGUGAAAGGCCCAGCCUCCUCUCCCAGAGUGCUCUUCAGCUUAACUCCAAACCCGAAGGGUCUUUCCAGUAUUCGGCCAACUACCAUAGCAACCAGACCCUUGCCCUGGGUGACACGGCGGCGGCGCAGCUCCCGGCCCGCAGCAGCCAAGCCAGAGCAGCCAUUCAGAGCUACAGCCAGCCGGGCACGAGCAGCCGCGGAGCCCACGCGGGCGGGCCGGAGCCGCCGCCCGCCGCCGCCUCCUCGCAGUCGCGGGAGCCCUUCGCGCCCAGCCAUGGCAGCGCCUUCCACCUGCCCGAGCCGCAGCACGCCGCCGCGCUCUACUACUCCAGCUCCACGCUGCCCGCGCCGCGGGUGAGCUCGCCGCUCGCCGUGUCCAUGCAGCAGGUGGGCUCCCCCACCAAGCUCCAGCGCGCCGCCGCCGCCGACGGCGCCGCUUACGGCACGGCGCAGCGCGGCUCCUCCCCCAAGCAGUCCCCUAGCCGCCUGGCCAAGUCCUACAGCACCAGCUCGCCCAUCAACAUCGUGGUCUCCUCGGCCGGCCUCUCGCCUUCCCCCAUUCGCGUGACCUCGCCGCCCACCAUCCAGUCCACCAUCUCCUCCUCUCCUAUACAUCAGCUGAGCUCCACCAUCGGCACCUACGCUACGCUGUCUCCUACCAAGCGGCUGGUUCACGCGUCGGAUCAGUACGGCAAGCACUCGCAGGAGCUGUAUGCUACCGCUACGCUGCAGCGACCCGGCUCCCUAGCAGCUGGGUCUCGGGCAUCUUACAGCAGCCAGCACAGCCACCUUGGCUCCGAGUUAAGGGCACUGCAGUCUCCAGAGCACCACAUAGAUCCUAUUUACGAAGACAGAGUUUAUCAGAAGCCCCCUAUGAGGAGUCUCAGCCAGAGUCAGGGGGACCCUCUGCAACCAGCACACACAGGCACAUACCGCACUAGUACAGCCCCAUCUUCCCCUGGUGUCGACUCCGUACCCUUACAGCGCACAGGCAGUCAACACGGCACACAGAACGCAACUGCGACCUUCCAGAGGGCCAGCUAUGCGGCAGGCCCGGCCUCCAAUUACGCAGACCCCUACCGACAGCUGCAGUAUUGUCCUUCUGUUGAAUCACCAUACAGCAAAUCUGGGCCAGCCAUCCCACCUGAAGGGACCUUGGCUAGGUCACCUUCCAUUGAUAGCAUUCAGAAAGAUCCCAGAGAGUUUGGAUGGCGAGAUCCAGAGCUUCCUGAAGUUAUACAGAUGUUACAGCAUCAAUUCCCCUCAGUACAGUCCAAUGCCGCGGCUUACUUGCAACAUCUCUGUUUUGGAGACAACAAAAUAAAAGCAGAGAUAAGAAGACAAGGUGGAAUACAAUUACUGGUGGACCUAUUGGACCAUCGAAUGACAGAAGUCCACCGCAGUGCCUGUGGAGCUUUGAGAAACUUGGUGUAUGGGAAGGCAAAUGAUGACAACAAAAUUGCCCUGAAAAACUGUGGUGGUAUCCCAGCAUUAGUACGGUUACUCCGCAAGACUACAGAUUUGGAAAUCAGAGAACUGGUCACAGGAGUUCUCUGGAAUCUCUCUUCCUGUGAUGCACUGAAAAUGCCAAUCAUCCAGGAUGCCCUCACAGUGUUGACCAAUGCAGUGAUCAUCCCUCACUCUGGAUGGGAAAACUCUCCGCUCCAGGAUGAUCAUAAAAUACAGCUCCAUUCAUCACAGGUGCUGCGCAAUGCCACUGGGUGCCUACGGAACGUCAGCUCUGCUGGAGAGGAGGCCCGCAGAAGGAUGAGGGAGUGUGAUGGCCUGACGGAUGCUUUGCUCUACGUCAUCCAGUCUGCUCUGGGGAGCAGUGAAAUUGAUAGUAAGACCGUCGAAAACUGUGUGUGCAUUUUGAGGAACCUCUCAUACAGGCUAGCUGCAGAAACAUCUCAGGGACAGCAGAUGGGAACAGAUGAACUUGAUGGAUUACUGUGCGGUGAUACCAAUGGAAAAGAUGCCGAGAGUUCAGGAUGCUGGGGGAAGAAGAAGAAGAAAAAGAAAUCCCAAGAUCAGUGGGAUGGAGUUGGACCUCUCCCGGACUGUGCAGAACCACCCAAAGGAAUCCAGAUGCUGUGGCACCCUUCAAUAGUCAAACCCUACCUCACACUUCUCUCUGAGUGCUCGAAUCCAGACACGCUGGAGGGGGCAGCAGGGGCACUGCAGAACUUGGCUGCUGGGAGUUGGAAGUGGUCAGUGUAUAUCCGUGCUGCUGUCCGCAAAGAAAAAGGAUUGCCAAUCCUGGUGGAACUGCUUCGAAUAGACAAUGACCGGGUGGUAUGUGCAGUUGCUACAGCUUUACGGAACAUGGCCUUAGAUGUCAGAAAUAAGGAGUUAAUAGGCAAGUAUGCCAUGAGGGAUCUGGUCCACCGACUGCCAGGCGCUAACAACAGCAACAGCUCAGCAAGCAAGGCCAUGUCUGAUGACACCGUUACUGCCAUUUGCUGCACUCUGCAUGAAGUCAUCACUAAAAACAUGGAGAAUGCCAAGGCCUUACGAGACGCAGGCGGCAUUGAGAAACUGGUUGGCAUAUCCAAGAGUAAAGGAGACAAGCAUUCGCCAAAAGUGGUGAAAGCAGCAUCUCAGGUCCUCAAUAGUAUGUGGCAGUACAGAGACCUGAGAAGUCUCUACAAGAAGUGGGCGGCCCCAAGCUUCAGUGUGGAGGACAGAGGAUUUUCACCUACCCAUCAGUGUGGGUCAUGGCACGCUCAGCAUACUCUCUCCCAGAGCCAAGAAACCAGAAUCUGUUCCCAGACCCAGGAUGGAUGGUCACAGUAUCACUUCGUAGCCUCAUCUUCAACGAUAGAAAGGGAUCGGCAAAGACCAUACUCUUCAUCACGCACACCCUCCAUCUCUCCUGUGCGCAUGUCUCCUAACAAUCGCUCAGCAAGUGCCCCAGCCUCACCUCGGGAAAUGAUCAGCCUAAAAGAAAGAAAAACAGACUAUGAAUCAACUGGAACAAACGCGACUUACCAUGGAAGUAAGGGAGAACACACUUCUAGGAAAGACACCAUGACAGCUCAAAACACUGGAAUCUCAACUUUGUACAGGAAUUCAUAUGGUGCACCUGCUGAAGACAUCAAACAUAACCAGGUUUCAACACAGCCAGUUCCACAGGAGCCCAGCAGAAAAGAUUAUGAACCAUAUCAGCCGUUUCAGAAUUCAACCAGAAGCUAUGACGAGUCCUUCUUUGAGGACCAAGUGCAUCAUCGUCCACCUGCAAGCGAAUACAACAUGCACCUGGGACUAAAGUCAACUGGCAACUACGUCGACUUCUAUUCAGCUGCUCGUCCCUAUAGUGAACUUAACUAUGAAACAAGCCACUAUCCAGCCUCUCCCGACUCCUGGGUGUGAGACUUGGGCAGACACAAAAGCUCCAGGAACUGUGCAUGUGCAUGCAUACCACAAGACAUUCUUUUUCCUGCAAAUUUAGUUUGUUAAAGCCUGUUCCAUAGGAAGGCCCAGAUAACCAGUAUGGAAAAAAUAAGAUUUUUUUAGAAGGCUAAAAGAAAUGAAAGCUAAACAAGGGAGUAAUUAGAAAGAUAUAUAUAUAUUAUAUAUAUAUAUAUAUAUUACAGUGUGGGACAACUUUACUGUUGGCCUGUAGAGUCUAAAGUUCGGUGUCGUAUAUUGAAUGUGGCUGAAGGAAGGAGGGAGAACAUGACAGUGGAUGUGGGUCAAGAGUUAAGCACAAGUAACUGAGCAGCGUACAUACUUUAUGGGGAACAGCUUCUCACACUUUGUUUAAUAUCCUCAUUCAUUGUGAAUCUAGGCUUCAAGUUGCAUUUGGGGUUUCCUCUGUACAGCAAGAUGUUUCUUGCCUUUUGUUAAUGCAUUGUUGUAAAGUAUUUGAUGUACAUUACAGAUAAAAAAACAAAGUGCAUUGUGUAUAUUACACCAAUGCCACAGUGUUUCUUCAUCUAUGGUUCUAAAUAUUGCUUCAAUUUCAAAUUUUGAAAGAUGUAUGAAUUUCCAGGUUUUUUGGUUUUCUUUUCCCCGGUGCGUUUUAACAAAAAAACAAAAACAAAAACAAAAACAAAAAGGAAUAUUUAGCAGUAUUGUUCGUUCUGAUAUGUGAAUUUGUUUGUGGCAACUAAAAAAAAAAGGCAUUCAGCAGUUUCUGACAAUUAACAUUCAUCGUUCCACACUCCUUGUCAACAAAGUGCUUUUUCACUGCCUAAAAUUUUAGAUGUAGAUAUUUGAAAUAGAUUUUUUUCAUUUAUACCAGUUUUCUUUAUGAUGAUACAGUGUUAAAGGAAAAUAAAUUACAAUUGAUCUGUCAUCCAUAUUUGCUAAGAAUGUCUAUUUCCAAGAAUCUAUCAUAAAAAUACACAUUCUUACUUGUGUGUGUCCACGUAUGCAUAGUACUCUCUUUGUGUGUGUAUGUGUUUGAGUGUGUGCGUUUGCGUGGUAAAAGGAUUAUUUUCAUCCAAUGUUUUCCUUGUUCAAGCUUUAAUUUCUGUUUGAUUUUUCUGGUUUUUUAAACAGUGGAAACUCCAGUAUGUGCUUUCUCUUACUCACUUUAUUAACCAUCAAUAGCAAUUCAAAAUUGUUAGGCCACUUACAAACUGAGGGGGUUCUAGGAUUUUUCGCUGACUCCUUCACCCUUGGUUGCCAUUUCGUUGAUCUUCUCUUGAGGAAAGAAGUUGAUCCUGUUACUCUCCAGCCACCAACCAGCAAGUGCUCAAGGAAGACAGAGUUUGAUCUUGCCAUCUCCCUGAGGGAAUGGAGAGCAAAGACCCAAUAGAUGCAAGUCUGGAGUCCCCAGACUCUUCAGGCUGCAGAAGGGUCCAACUCCUGAACCAGUAGGGCAAUCAGUUAUUUGAAACCAUACCAAAAAAACCCACCCCACCCAAAACACAUUCCUCAAAUAUAAAAACACUGACCAUUUCCUUGCAUUUAAAAUAAAAACCCUAAAAAAUAAAAGCUGUAAGGGACAGAGAAUAUUUUUUUCUUUCAAAAAAAAUCUAAGCUAGAAGGCUAGAAGAGCCGGGAUAUUUAUCUUAGCUCUUGGGACUCUGAAAGUAAAAAAAGAGUAUCUGUAAUAUUUCUUUGAUUCAGCCAACAGUUCAGUGUACUGUUUUCACAGACUGAGACCCAGUGCAACUGGACUAGUUGCAGACUGUUUCGAUUCCCAUUAAAGAAAUUGUUUUAGGUUACAAACAUUUCUGUGAUUAGUCUUGUAAUAGUGCUACCAUCACCUGGCGCCCUUUGGGGUGCAUGCAGCAGGAGGAUUUGCUCGCAAGUCGUUACCUGCUCUAGAGACAGCAAACCAAGUAGUUCAGGCAGGCAGGGACUGUGAGGUAGAAUUGAUUUAUCAGUCAUCUAGAACUAUAGUUUAAUCUUUUUGGCAGCUUUUCCCAGUGUACGAUAUGUAACCUUACUUGCUCUUUGUAGUAAACAGGGGGGAAAAAAAUCGCAUGCAAAAAAAAAUUGAAAAAAUUUGAAAAUGGGUGGGUGGGAGGGGCACAGUGGGCCAGAUGUAUAGUGAGGUAGAUAAAAAUAUUAUUCAUAGUUUUGGACACAGGUUGUUUAUAUUUUAUUUAUUACAUUGAUUUUAAUAAGACGAGUGACAUUUGCAGUGCUCUUUUGAACAAAGCACAUUUUCAGUAUAAAAACUUUUUUUUACUAAAGAAUGUCAUCAGUAACUUGAAGUUCUUCUUGACUGCCUGAUAACCAUCAGAUUUGUGCAGUUCUCCAAGAGCAGGAUUGCCAACAGGCCUGAGGGAUCUUUGACUCUGCUUAAAGUUCUUAAGACAGAAGGUUAUUGUAAGUUGGAUUUAUUUGAAUUCUUUAAAAUAUUAAAAUGCCCACAUUGACCCCUUUCCACUCCUCUUAGAAAUUAGUUCAAGUCAAAUGUUGACCAUUGCUCAAGUGAGAGAUUCUGGAUUGAUAAGUGGCAAAAAAUACCUUUUGUCUAUGGUUUAUGUUGUUCUGUUUCCAUUCCUCUGUAGUGGCAAGUGCUCCGACUAAUACUGUUCACUCUUGCUGUACUGAGUUUUGAAAAGGUGUUGGAUUACCUGGCUUCUUUUCCAGGCUUGGAAAGCCAACACUGCUGCCAUACCGAGCAAGAUAUAUAUGAUGCAUUCUUUUUAAUAUUGAGGAAAGUAUCAUUACCUAUUGCUGUUCCCUUCAUUCUUGUACUAGAUCACACACAGAAAUAGAGAAUAAUUAAAAAAAAAUGUUCCAAAAAAUGUAUAAAAUGCAAUUGAUGUACUGUAAAAUGUUGGAUUUUUUUUUUUAACAAGCUUCAUAUUAGAAUCUUGAUCAGCUGUGUAGAGCUAUAUAAAUCUCACUGUUUUAUUAAAUGCUGUUUAUGGUCUGGAAGGAAUGGUUAACCUAUCUCAAGAUAACAAAUUUGCACUAACAUGAGCAAUAUUGAUUUGAAAAAAAAAUAAUAUGAAUUCAAUAUUUAAAAGAUAAACUAUGAUUUUAAAGGUAUAUUAACACUGGAAGUACAUUUUGACAAAUAACAUAUUUAAGCCCAAAAUAUAAAUGGUUAUGUCAGAUAACACAAAAGAACUAUAACAAAAUAGACUGGGGAAAAAAAAUGUGUUUCACUGUACAUGUUGCUAACAUGUACAAAGACAAACUCAUAUUGACAUAUUUUCUAUUAAUAAAUCCUACUGUAUUGUGGAGA